UUUUGCUGUUUUAUGUUCUUUCGGAAAAUAACUUUUGAAACGAAUAUUUGAAAUAGGAUGCUCAAAAAGUUUGGCUGAGGUUUAGCAGUAUUUUUGUUUGAGUGUAUCGCAGAGUGUAUGAUUUCUUACUAAAUUUUAGAAAAACAUGACGGCGAACGUUGAACCUGUGAUUUUCUGCGUCUUACUGUGCCUGACAUUCUGCUGUUCACCUGGUUAUUGUCAAUUUGGCUUUGUCAAGCAAGCUGCCCAAGGAGCAGGGGAUAUGUGGAGAGCAUAUAGUGACAUGAGGGAGGCCAACUGGAAAGGGGCCGACAAGUAUUUCCAUGCUAGAGGUAACUUUGAUGCUGCACAGAGGGGCCCUGGCGGCAAAUGGGUAGCAGGUAUUAUCAGUGAUACCCGUGAAAGAAUUCAAGGAGCAAACAAACCAGACUCUAUAGCCGACCAAGCGGCAAAUAGGUGGGGCAGGAACGGAGGAGACCCUAACAAGUACAGACCGAAAGAUUUACCUUCCAAAUACUAGUCUUCAAGCAAAGAAGAAAUUAUUUUCAU